ACGCCGCCCCUCCCCCCGCGGCUGUUCCGCCGCCUCGCCGCCCCUCCCCCCGGCCGGAGCUCACUGUCUCCAAGAUGGCGGCCGUGUCAGUUUGGGGCAUCUCCGCGGUCCGGCCCGGGGCCCCGGGAUCCCGGCUCUCUUUCCCCCCGGGUUCUUUCUACUAAUCCAGAUACUCGUUGAAGUGCUGAAUAGUUUCUUGGGGAAAGAUGUAAAGGAAGAGUUGAAGUUCAUAGACUGGCAUAGGAUGCACAUUGCUCUGCUCUGAAGGCGGGAAUGCGGCGUGUUGAAUUCUACAGCUUGGCCAAGAGUCCCGCCGGUGGUGCUGUUGACAAGUUUAUUGGGAAGCAUGAAGGCGUUCCACAUGCCAGGCUGUGUUGGUUUCUGAAGGAAAAGGAAAGGGGCAUUCCGCUGGCGUGAACGGAGGAAGGACCCAGGCCAGAAAACUUGUAUGCUAUGGUUAGCUGGUUCCCAGCCUCCGAGAGUCGUGUUUCCCAUGGCGUAGGACUCACUCAGCAUCAGGAUAAGGGAUAGCGACUCUAUGGAUGUACAGAACCCUUCACCAUGGUAAAGCUCGCUAACCCGCUGUACACGGAGUGGAUUCUGGAGGCCAUCAAGAAAGUGAAGAAGCAGAAACAGCGUCCGUCGGAGGAAAGGAUAUGCAACGCGGUCUCGUCAUCCCACGGCUUGGAUCGGAAGACCGUCUUAGAGCAGUUGGAGCUCAGUGUUAAAGAUGGAACGAUUUUAAAAGUCUCCAAUAAAGGCCUCAAUUCCUACAAAGAUCCUGAUAAUCCUGGGCGAAUAGCACUUCCUAAACCUCGGAACCAUGGAAAGUUGGAUAGCAAGCAGAAUGUGGAUUGGAAUAAACUGAUCAAAAGGGCGUUUGAGGGCUUGGCAGAGUCUGGUGGCUCCACUUUGAGAAGUAUUGAACGUUUCUUGAAAGGGCAGAAGGAUGUGUCUGCGUUAUUUGGAGGCAGCGCUGCCUCUGGCUUUCACCAGCAGUUACGAUUGGCCAUCAAGCGUGCCGUUGGCCACGGCAGACUCCUUAAAGAUGGACCUCUGUAUCGGCUCAGCGCUAAAGCGAGCAGCCCGGAGGGGAAGGAGACGUGUGAGUCUCUUUCCUGCUUACCUCCGGUGUCGCUCCUUCCACACGAAAAGGACAAGCCGGUUGCUGAGCCAAUCCCCAUCUGUAGUUUCUGUCUUGGUACAAAAGAACAAAACCGAGAAAAGAAGCCGGAGGAGCUCAUCUCCUGCGCCGACUGUGGCAACAGCGGUCAUCCAUCCUGUUUAAAGUUUUCCCCCGAGUUAACAGUGAGGGUUAAGGCCUUGCGGUGGCAGUGCAUCGAGUGUAAAACAUGCAGCUCCUGUCGAGAUCAAGGCAAAAAUGCAGAUAACAUGCUCUUCUGUGACUCGUGUGACCGAGGCUUUCACAUGGAGUGCUGUGAUCCACCGCUGACACGAAUGCCCAAAGGCAUGUGGAUAUGUCAAAUAUGCCGACCUAGGAAAAAAGGACGAAAACUUCUACAAAAGAAGGCAGCACAGAUAAAACGGCGCUAUGCUAAUCCCAUAGGACGUCCAAAAAACAGGUUAAAGAAACAAAACACGGUAUCAAAAGGUCCCUUCAGCAAAGUCCGCACUGGCCCUGGAAGGGGACGGAAACGUAAGAUCACUCUCUCCAGCCAGUCCGCCUCAUCCUCAGAGGAAGGCUAUUUAGAGAGAAUAGAUGGCUUGGACUUCUGCAGAGAGAGCAGUGCCCCCUUGAAGUUCAACAAGAAAACCAAAGGGCUCAUCGAUGGCCUUACCAAGUUCUUCACCCCUUCCCCCGAUGGGCGGAAACCCCGGGGGGAGGUGGUCGACUACUCGGAGCAAUAUAGAAUCAGGAAAAAGGGCAACAGGAAAUCGAGCACUUCGGACUGGCCCACAGACAAUCAGGACGGCUGGGACGGCAAGCCAGAAAGCGAGGAGCGACUCUUUGGGAGCCAGGACGUCAUGACGGAGAAGGAUAUGGAGCUGUUCCGGGACAUCCAGGAGCGAGCGCUGCAGAAAGUUGGAGUGACUGGCCCCCCUGAUCCACAAGUCCGCUGUCCCUCUGUCAUUGAAUUUGGGAAGUAUGAGAUCCACACCUGGUACUCCUCCCCAUAUCCUCAAGAAUACUCAAGGCUCCCUAAGUUGUAUCUCUGUGAAUUCUGUCUGAAAUACAUGAAGAGUAGAGCCAUUCUGCAGCAGCACAUGAAGAAGUGUGGCUGGUUCCACCCGCCAGCCAACGAGAUCUACCGCAAGAACAACAUCUCUGUCUUCGAGGUCGACGGGAACGUGAGCACCAUUUACUGUCAAAACCUGUGUCUCCUGGCAAAGUUGUUUCUUGACCACAAAACACUCUAUUAUGACGUGGAGCCAUUUCUUUUCUAUGUGCUAACGCAGAAUGAUGUCAAGGGCUGCCACCUUGUUGGCUACUUUUCUAAAGAAAAGCACUGCCAACAGAAAUACAACGUUUCCUGCAUAAUGAUUCUUCCGCAGUACCAGCGUAAGGGCUAUGGCAGGUUUCUCAUCGACUUCAGUUAUUUGUUAUCAAAGCGGGAAGGCCAGGCAGGGUCUCCAGAGAAGCCGCUGUCCGAUCUGGGCCGCCUUUCCUACAUGGCCUAUUGGAAAAGCGUGAUACUGGAGUGCCUCUACCACCAGAACGACAAGCAGAUCAGCAUUAAGAAGCUGAGCAAGCUGACUGGCAUCUGCCCGCAGGACAUCACGUCCACACUCCAUCACCUGCGAAUGCUGGACUUCCGCAGCGACCAAUUUGUGAUUAUCCGCCGGGAAAAACUUAUCCAGGAUCACAUGGCCAAGCUUCAGCUGAACGUGCGACCUGUGGAUGUAGACCCGGAGUGCCUGCGCUGGACUCCCGUCAUCGUCUCCAACUCUGUUGUCUCAGAAGAGGAGGAAGAGGAGGCUGAGGAAGGAGAGAACGAAGAGGCACAGGGUCCCGAAGGAGAAUUAGAGACCAGUGUGGGACAGCCUGCGUCCCGGGAGAGCAGAGAGCAGGAUUCCUACUCUUCAGUGGAAAGCGACAAGAAGCCAGAAGUGACUGCAGCCAACACCCCCCGGUCCAGCAAGUCGGCGCCGCCCCGGGACAGCCUGCCGCCUCGCAGGGGCCGCUGGGGGCGCAAGGCCCGGCGAGCCCCGGAGCGCUUCGGGGACCCUGAGUCUGCGCUGCUGCUGGAGGAGAGCCCGGCGCCGCAGGAGCCCUAUGGAGAGUGUGGGGAGAAGCCGGAAGCCCCCCGCGAGCCCCGCGCUGAGGCUGAGCCGCCGCCGCCUCCCUGUCGGGAGCAGCCCCCCCAGGACAGGAAGCCCGAGGUCCCUAAGAGGAGACUGAGCGAGGGGGUGGAGCUGUGGCGGGCUCAGCUCCAGAGCAGCCCCGAGGCCCUCAAGUGCAGGCCGACCGAAGGGAGCGACAGACUGCCUCGGCGCUACAGUGACGGCGACAGGGCCCUGCUUCGGGGCUUCAGCGAGAGCAGCGAAGAGGAGGAGCCCGAGAGCCCGCGCUCAGCCUCACCGCCGGUCCUCACCAAGCCCAUGCUGAAGCGGAAGAAGCCGAUCCUGCACCGCAGAAGGAGGGUCAGGAAGCGCAAGCACCACAACAGCAGUGUCGUGACGGAGACCAUCUCCGAGACCACGGAGGUGCUGGACGAGCCCUUCGAGGACUCGGACUCGGAGCGGCCCAUGCCGAGGUUAGAGCCCACCUUCGAGAUCGACGAGGAGGAGGAGGAGGAGGAUGAAAACGAGCUCUUCCACAGAGGCUACUUCCACCGUCUGUCCUCACAGGACGUGCUCAGGGGCCGGGCCUCUGCCAAGAGGAAGUCUAAAGACGAAGACGACGACGAGGAGUCCGAUGAUGCUGAAGACACUCCUGUCCUGAAGCCAGUAUCUCUCUUGCGAAAAUGUGCCGGGAAGAAUUCUCCCCUUGAGCCAGACACGUCCACGCCCAUGAAAAAGAAAAAGGGGUGGCCCAAAGGCAAGAGCCGCAAACCGGUCCACUGGAAGAAGAGGCCUGGCCGGAAGCCGGGAUUCAAGCUCAGCAGGGAGCUCAUGCCCAUUUCUGCCCAGGAGUGCGUCGUGGAGCCCAUGGUUCCCAUGCCGAAACCCGGACGCAAGCCCAGAAUGCAAGAGCACGAAGAAGCCAUUGAGCCCCAGGAAGACUUGCCCUCGUCUGAAGAGAGGAAGGAGGAGGAGGCGCGAGCCGACAGGGAGGAGGGCGGCGAGGCGGAAGAGGAGGACACGACCUGCUGCAGCGAGGUGAGAGUGGCUUCCCCGGCCAACAGCAGCAACAGCCCCGAGGCGGCCGCCAAGGAGCGCGAGGCGGAGGAGGCGGAGGCAGAGGAGGAGGAGGAGGAGGAGGAAGAGGAGGAGAAGCCGCGCGCCGCCGCCGCCGCCGCCGCCGCCGAGCAGAGGCAGUCGGAGGAAGAGCCUCCGGAGCCGGAGGAGCAGGAGCCGGAGGACGAGGAGGACGUGGCCGCCGAGGCCAGCCGGCACGAAGACCACGACGCGGACGAUGAGGACGACGGGCCGCUGGAGCCGGCGCAGGCGCAGGAGCCGGAGCAGCGGGCCCUGCGGGAGUGCGGCGAGCAGGCGCCUGGUGGCCCGCAGUCUUUUUUAGACCCGGACGCGCCCAGCUGCGGUGAGCGCCCGAAGGAGAAGGACGACACGGAGCCGGACUCUGAGGAGGAGCAGCCCUCCCACGAGACGUCUGUGCUGUCCGAGCACGGCCACGAGGACGCUGCCCCGCGCAAGGAGGAGCUGGUGGGGCUGAAGGCCGAGCCGGAGAUUGCGCACAGCGAGCUGGACCUGGAGACCGUGCAGGCUGUGCAGUCCUUGACCCAGGAGGAGAGCAGCGAGCACGAGGGGGCCUACCCGGACUGCGAGGAGACCCUGGCGGCCUGCCAGACCCUGCAGAGCUACACGCAGGCCGAGGAGGACCCGCCCAUGGCCAUGGUGGAGGACUGCCACGCCUCGGAGCACAACAGCCCCAUCUCCUCAGUGCCGUCCCAUCCCAGCCAGUCGGUCCGCUCGGUCAGCAGCCCCAGCGUGCCUGCCCUGGAGGGCGGCUACACCCAGAUCAGCCCGGAGCAAGGAUCCCUGUCCGCGCCCUCUAUGCAGAACAUGGAGACCAGCCCCAUGAUGGAUGUGCCUUCCGUAUCAGACCACUCUCAGCAGGUGGUGGACAGCGGCUUCAGCGACCUGGGCAGCAUCGAGAGCACCACGGAGAACUACGAGAACCCCAGCAGCUACGACUCCACCCUGGGCGGCAGCAUCUGCGGCGCCAGCUCGUCCCAGAGCAGCUGCUCCUACGGCGGCCUGUCGUCGUCCAGCGGCCUCACCCAGAACAGCUGCGUUGUCACCCAGCAGAUGGCCGGCAUGGGCAGCAGCUGCAGCCUGCUGCAGCCGAGCAGCGUGCCGCCUGCUGCCAACUGCAGCAUCAAGUCGCCUCAGACCUGCGUGCUGGAGAGGCCGCCCAGCAACCAGCAGCAGCCGCCCCCGCCGCCGCAGCCCCCCCAGCCGCAGCAGCCGUCCCUGGCCCCGCAGCCGCCGCCCCCGCCCCAGCAGCCGCCGCCGCAGCCCCAGCCGCCCCCGCCGCCCCCGCCGCCGCAGCAGCCGCCGCCGCAGCCGCAGCCCCCGCAGCCGCAGGCCCCGCCCCCGCCGCAGCAGCAGGCGCCCCUGUCGCAGUGUAGCAUGAACAACAGCUUCACGCCAGCUCCCAUGAUCAUGGAGAUCCCGGAGUCCGGCGGCACCGGGAACAUAAGCAUCUACGAGAGGAUUCCAGGGGACUUCGGGGCCGGCAGCUACUCCCAGCCGUCAGCCACCUUCAGUCUGGCCAAGCUGCAGCAGCUCACCAACACCAUUAUGGACCCCCACGCCCUGCCUUACAGCCAUUCUCCUGCGGUGACCUCCUAUGCAACCAGUGUUUCUCUGUCUAACACAGGACUGGCUCAGCUGGCUCCAUCUCACCCGUUGGCUGGGACCCCUCAAGCACAAGCCACCAUGACGCCGCCGCCCAACUUGGCAUCCACGACCAUGAACCUCACAUCCCCGCUGCUGCAGUGCAACAUGCCCGCCACCAACAUCGGCAUUCCGCACACCCAGCGGUUGCAGGGGCAGAUGCCAGUCAAGGGGCACAUUUCCAUCCGCUCCAAGUCGGCGCCGCUGCCCUCCGCGCCCACUCACCAGCAGCAGCUGUAUGGCCGCAGCCCGCCGGCGGUGGCCAUGCAGGCCGGCCCUCGCGCGCUGGCUGUGCAGCGAGGCAUGAACAUGGGGGUCAACUUGAUGCCGACCCCCGCCUAUAACGUCAAUUCCAUGAACAUGAACACCCUGAACGCCAUGAACAGCUAUCGGAUGACACAGCCCAUGAUGAACAGCAGUUACCAUAGUAACCCUGCCUACAUGAACCAGACAGCACAGUAUCCUAUGCAGAUGCAGAUGGGGAUGAUGGGGAGCCAGGCCUAUACCCAGCAGCCUAUGCAGCCAAACCCUCACGGGAACAUGAUGUACACGGGCCCCUCCCAUCACAGCUAUAUGAACGCUGCUGGGGUGCCCAAGCAGUCACUCAAUGGACCUUACAUGAGAAGGUGAGCAAGACGGACUCACGGUCACAGACUUAAAUAUAUAUAAAUAAAGGAACCUUUUAUACUGACAAACCAGAGAAAAACGGACCUUUUUUCCAGUUAAAAUAUUGCUGUAGAUUUAGAGGGAUUUUUUUUCCUUUGGUUUAUUUUGUUUUUUAGGAAACCUGAUCUCUCUUUUCGGGUUCGUUUUGUUCUGGGUUUUGGUUCUCUUCACAAUCUUGAACAUUUUACAGUGGAAUUCAUCUAAAGAUGGAUCUGGGACAGGGGAAACAUGCACAAAACCUUUUUCAUAAUUAAAAAGAGCCUUACUUUCUUUACACACCACGCGGACGGAACUUGUGUAAACGUGAAUUAUCCUUAUUUUAUUUGAAAGCGUGUGUUUCCCUCACGUGUGCAGCCCCCAGUGUUGGCAUUUCUAAAUGUUAUACAGACAUCUCGAGGGGUAGCCGGGCCCUCUCCUCCCAGCCCCGUCUGUCUUUUCGGACUUCAUUCCAACAGGAGGCACUUAGCAGGAGACUCAGACGGGGACGUGGAGCGCUACCCAAGCUCCUUCAACGUUGUUAUUGUUAAUAUUAUUGUUAUUAUUAAUACAAUGAGGCAGGAAGACACUUCUCCUUUGAAAAUCCCCUCCGCUACACACACACACACACACACACACACACACUCACACUCCCACACUCCCACUCCCACUCACUCCCUCCAGCUCUUGAGACUUUCCCCCCAGGAAUGUUUCUUUAUAGGUGGACUUCAAUGGACAUGUUUUGCUUGAAUCAAGUGUAGUAUGAUUUAUCCCUCUUUUUUUUUUUUUUUAAAUUCCCACUCAGCACUCAGAUAACACAAUUGCUGUAAGUCUGCAGCAGCGGCAGAGUCUGAGAGGCAGGCCGUCGGCAGGGCUAACCCCGCCUUGGGAGGACAGAGGCGGGCCAUGGGCAUUGAGAGAGGGCCUUGAUCUCUUGGCUUCUCAGCACCCGGGCACCCGGCCUCUUGUCCCAGGGUGUGCUGGCCCGCCCCCGCAGCGGCUCACUCCGCUGGAACUCAAAGCACAGCCCCCGCUGAGCCCCCUCUCCCGUUCUGUCACACACUGUGCUUCUCGGUGAUUGGAGAGCUACCUGACGCACCUUGGACGAGAGAUGCCGCAGAACGUGUGUUGGGGAGGGAGCUCUGGGGGGAGCCGUGUGGCUGUUCAAACGACACAUGCCCCGCGUUGUCGCUGGUCCUUGAGCUCCUGAGUGCUGCAGCCAGUGGCCCACCAGCGGCAGGUGGGGCAGAUCUGGAUGCCAGCACUUCAGCGGGUUCUCGCGUUGCUCCCAGUCCGUUCUCUUAUCCUGUGCAACCUGUUCGCCCGUUCUCUUCCUGUUACUUGCUCCAGGGAUAGGUUAAAAAAAAAAAACACAAAAACAAAAAAAAAAACCAAACAUAUAUAUACAUAUAUAUGUUUAUACACUCCAUCAUUAGAAGAUGGAAACUAUUAUACCACUUGGUAUGUGCAUUCGAAUAUCCAAAAGGGGGAAGUGCUGCUUAAAGAAAUACCUGUAAGCAUUCAAUUCUCUCCUUUAUUUGUACACUUUCUAUAGAUACAUUUUUAAUGUACUGAUUAGGCAUUAAAUUUUUUCAGAUGCACAGGUUUGUUGGUUUUUUUAUACACUUUAAUUGACUUUCUCAAUGAAGUGUGCUAGGUAGAAAAAGGCAGAAUUCCACAUCUUAGCACUGUCGACUCUGAGCAUGUGCAGGGCUGUCUGUGCGUACUCCUCCAGGCUGGUCAUCUCUGGGAAGUGCCCCGGCACCCCUCCCUGCUUCUUCAGCUGACGCUGCUUCCUGGGUGGGGGGCUGUGUCGGGAGGAGGGGUGUCAGGCAGGAGGAGCUGCGAGAUGAGGGCCGUGAAUUCAGUUUUCUGUUAGUUUGCGGUUGUGUUUGGUUUUGUUUCUUUAAAUAAAUAAUAAAAAAAUUCAAUCGGGCAGCUCCCUUUUCCACAAGCCUCUUUGUGACUGUAGAACUAUUGUAGAAAAAAAAUGUUCUUUUCUAUAUUAUAAAAGAAAUUAUCCAACACAGUAAUAUUGGUACCUGUCAUUUUUUCACUUCUGUUUAAAAAAAAUGUAUUUUUAGCAAGAUAACUUGGGUAAUCUUCUAAAAAAGAAAUUUAAAAACUCACUCUUAGUGACUUUGAUGCCUUUUAAAAAUAAGAGCUUUUUCAUUUCAUUCCAUCUUUAAAGUUUUUUAUCUUUGUUGUAGAAUAUUAAAAACUAUUUUAAGAAAGAUAAAAAUUCUCUUUAAAGAGAUCUCUAGAGUGUGUGAAUAGAGAUGCCUCUAAAGCCGCAUGUACAAACGAAGCUAAGUCCACUCCUGUCUGUUUCUGUUUGCUUUUCCUGUUUUGUAACCUCUUUGUACUUGGUUCAUGGUGACUUGUAAGCUAGGGGAGGGAGCCCAGAUGCCUUUGUAUCUCUCCACGUCACGCGCUCCUGGGCCGUCGGCCUCCCUUCCUGUCCUUGUAUGUAAUACCCUCCCGCCCCCCCCCCCUUUCUAGCAAGUACUUUCAAAAGAGCUCUGUACAUUUUAACAUAAAAAAAUAAAUUAUGUUGAGCCAUUUUGGAUGUCA